AUGUCAACUGAACACGAUCAAGCUACUGUCAGUAGUCCAACUGACCAAUAUCAUUCUGAGAAGUUCCCUCAACAACAACAACCGGUUACUAAGAAGUCAACUAGAGGUGGAAUUUUGGGGAAAAUUGGCUCCAAUCCUUUAAUAACUUAUGGUUUAAGAGCUGCUCAAUUCAUUUUCAGUAUCGUUUCGUUAGCUUUGGCAAGUCGCUCUCUGAACAAGUUUUACAAUGGCGAAAGACGUAUGAGAUUCACUUCAUUUGUUGGAGGUUUGACAUUGGCCUAUUUGAUUCUUUUAGGAUUUAUUUCAUUCAUCAAACCAUCCUUCCUUAUGUCAGGACCAAUUAUGAUCAUGGAAUUAUUAUUGACCAUUUUUUGGUUAUGUGCUUUCAUUUCAACAGCCGCUCGUUAUAGUCAGUUUUCCUGUAAAGUCCGUCGACAAUCAAGCUAUGGUAGCUCAGGUUAUGGUUCAGGAUCAGGUUAUGGCAAUACUGGUGGUUCAGGAUAUGGUAAUUAUGCUAGCUAUCCAAGUUAUGGUAACUCAACUCAUAUCAAAGGUUGCAGAUCAGGAAAGGCAGCUGUCGCAUUUUCUGCAUUCUGCUUCUUAUUGUUUGCCUUAUCAUCUGCACUGUUAUACUACAAUGUUAUUAGAAGACUUUUAGCCAACAAAAAGAGAAAUUCAUUCUUCCAAACAGGUGCCCAAAGUGGAGUGAGACUGAAUAAACCAGCUCUAGCUUUCAGCAGACAUUAUAACGUUGAUUCAGAUAAUGAAGGUGAUUCAAUUGGUCGUAAAUAUAGCUCACACGAUGUUGAAUCUGGUGCUGGUGAUACACAUACAUAUACUAAUGAACAUAAUGAUGGUGUUACUCGUGGUGGUUAUAAUACAAGAGCUGGAAAUGAAAGUAACUAUGGGGAUAAUUAUGGUAAUACUUAUGGUAAUAACCAGAGUGGUAACACCAAUUAUAAUCAACAGACAACCGAAGGUUAUAGUGGUCAAUAUGGAUCGAAGAUUUCUUAUCCUGAGACUUCAUAUCAGUCAAGAGCAACUUGA